CUUCCGUCACUUUUCUGACCUAUCCAGCGUUACACUGCACACAGUGGUCAGGGAAAAUGACACCGAGGACUUUGGUCCUGCGUUUUUUAUUCUGCGCAAGGGAACCUCAGCUUUGUCUCCGUCAAGCAGUCGGCUGGCCCAGCGUUCAGGCAGCAGGGAAGAAACACGGGUUUGUUCUGCCGGUAUUAAAUGAAGAAGAUCUGGAGGAACAGUUCGUCCGUGGCUCUGGACCAGGUGGACAAGCAACUAACAAAACCAGUAACUGUGUGGUUUUAAAACAUCUCCCGACUGGUGUAGUUGUAAAGUGUCACGAGACCAGGUCGGUGGAGUUGAACCGGAAGCGUGCGCGAGAGAUCCUGCAGGAGAAACUGGACAUCUACAAAGGUGAAGAGAGCGAGUUACUGAAACAGAAGGAGGAGGCCAGGAUAAGGAAACAAGUCAAACGAAAGAAAGUAAAUGAAAACCUGGAAAAAAAGAGACUGUUCAAAAAAACACUAGCAGGUGACUUCAAGCAAGAAGAUGAGAGUGGAUGAAGUUUCAUGCAGAACUUGCACAGGUCUUCGAAGAUCCUUCAGAUAUAGACAUAUACAUUCUGGUACUGUGUAAGAUACUAAGGAUACAAACUGGGAUUGUUUACAGGGCCAUGGAUUUUACUCAUGUCCACUGUCAUGGUUAACAUGCUGCAAACACGAAGAUGAGGAGUACAUUCUAAUCUCUUGUAUCUGUCUUCAGAUUGAUUUCUCCAUCACUCUUCUUUAUUUCACCAUUAAAAUGACAUUUUACUCUUAUUUAAAAAAAGAAAAGUGACAGUUUUAGUCAUAGUUUAUGGGGAUGUUCCACUGUAAAGGCCCAUGUGAAUGAUCUGUUAACAGAGACAAUAAUGUAUAACAAGUGCAGUAAUAUUUACCUACCCUUCACGUUAAGGCUGGAAGCACCUCCCAAUCUGUGCUUUUAUAUUGAAAAAGUAAUUUCCAUAUUCUAGAUUAUUAUGUUUCAGCCUUUUCCUUGAAGACUUUCUGCCAGGUAUAGGUUGUAAUGUCCAACAGCUCAGUGUAUUUAUUCUGAGCUACUGGAGUUCUACUAAAACCAGUUAUAAAAAAUAAUAUAAAGCCCAUCAUUCUGUUAAUAAUUCACUAUGUACAUCAAAUUAUAUAUAAAAAAGAUUUGGCUUUUCGCUCAAGCGUUAGCAUUGCAUGCAGUCAGAACAAUUAACCACAGCGAAGGCAAAAUUAAGCUUUCUGGGGGAAAAAAACAAACUUUCCUACCAAAAUGGUAUUUACUUUAGCUUUACACUACACACUAGUGGUCAAAACGAUGAAGGACAAUAAUGUUGUGUAUUACUCAGUAAAGAAAAAUAGAGCUAAGCUCUUACAUAUUAUUAAUGCACAUUUCUUAUGGGUAUAAAAAUCUUUUAAUGAGAUGAGUAAAAUUUUUGAGAACUUUUGAA